AUGGCCGAUUCUUCAUCAUUAAACGAGUCUGGCGACGAUAAGGAGACACCUGUAUCCAUACCAACGAGGGGUACGCAGGAUACGGAUUCAUACACUCCAACCGCUAAUGCUAAGGCCUUGCCCCAAGUCUCACUCACAAACACUUUAGAAACAGAUAAGACAUCGAGUACAUCUAGUACAACAGAUAGUGAUGCACCCGACUUAGAGAGUGCAUCUAGUAUAUCGAGUAUCUCGGAAAGUGAUACAACUAUAAUAGAUACAGCCACGACUGCCCCGGUAUAUUUAGGAUGCUGUUUGCACAACCAUCAACAAGGGUGUGUACACUCAGUACGGGCAGUAAGGGGUAUAGACGGACAGGUAUAUGAUCUGUCUCAGAUAUCCAGCACGGGCCUAUUUGCUGAAUUGCAAGACCGCAGGAAUGCGUAUUUAAGCUCAGGAUACGCCAAACAUGGUCUCAACUCGGUCCAAAGUUUGGGUGCAGGUGUGGUGUCGGGGGUGGUGGCCAGGACAGUCACAGCCCCAUUAGAGUUGAUAAAGACGCUCUUCCAGUUACAGCAUUCGCCAAUCUCACCAGG